AUGAUGUUCUCGAGUGACAUACUUGGAUCGAUAUCAUUGAAUUUCUUAGAGAAAAUUUUACAUGCGGCAUCGUUAUUUAAUUCAUCUGAAUGCUAUAAACCUGAUGAUGAAAAUGCUCAGCGAACUAAGACAUCCUCUGAAGAUGUGUUUAGUGUUGGCGAUGAUGAACAUGCAGAUAAAUAUUUUAGGGAUAUUGAUCUGUUCUUGGAAUACUGCAAAGUACUAGAAAAAAACAAAGAAGUUGUUUCAAAUAAUGAUAUUGACAGUUAUUUAAACCCUUGUGAAUCUUCUGUCUCGGAAAAAAUGGCAUGUAGUGGAGUUAUUUUUCUUCUGAAGAACCCUAAAUUACCAGAGACUAAUGAAAAGCACACAAAGAUAAUUGCAAGAUUUAUUUUUUCUGCACCGGUUAAAUAUCAUUCAAAGUUAGCAGGCGUAUUCUGUAUUGCCCUGGUGUCUCCUAUUCGGAUUUUGGAUCAUACUAUAGCUAUAAUCUUUGAUUCCCUGUACCAAUGUCAUAGCAGUAAUCCCCAGCAGUUGCAAGAUAUUAUCUCCAGUUGUAUCAGCUUGAUGUUAGCUCAAAUGCACUCUCCGAGUGAUUUUGUUCAACUGUUUCAAUUCUUCCUCAAAUGUACCUCCAUGGUCUCUGGUUUUCGUGGAUCUCUGUGGAUCAGUUGUAUUCUGUUCAAAGCCAUCAGCGACGGAACCUUUGACAAAUCGCUGAUAGAGCAACUAAUCGACGAAACAAUCUCUUUUAUACGCACUCAAAGUGAAUUCGCAUAUGAAUUACAUGUGGUUUUGGCAGUUCUAUUCAUUCUUGCAGUACGCUUCAACCUAUUCAAAACAAUUUCGGCAAAUUCGCUAGAAUCGAUAUUAUCACACUUUAAUGGUGUUCGUAUGCGUUGGAAUGAGAUUGGAAUAUUUCUACGGUAUUUUUAUGCUCAUUAUCUUGGUGUUCUAUAUAAUCACGUCUGUGGCUUUGCAACGGAGUAUGAAGAACGGCUCCUCAUCAAUUUGUUGGACUUACUUUCCUUUAGAUUAAAUAUAUUUAUUUUAUCGUCGUUUACAAAGAUAGUGAAUAUUUUGUUCGAGCCUUUGACUUAUGAAAAAGCUUUUGAACUAUCUCCUUUGUGGUUAGAGAUAAUGGACAUGUUUUAUGAAACGCCUCACAAAUAUGAGGGUGCAUACUCAGCCUCCAAAGCGGUGACAAUCAUUGCACCUUAUCGCGGCCUUAGAAACCCAUCGACUAUAUGCUAUGGAAACUCUACUAUACAAAUGUUGUCGAAAAUUCCACUUUUCCGCCAACACUUCGAUAGGCAUUGUAAAAGUGGUGAAACGUGUGGAGAUUUGCAUAAGGAACUUAAGGAAGUAUUUGAUUCCCUUGACACUCCAUUGGACGAGAAAGAGGUGGACGCCUCCAGCUUUAUUCGUAAGUCGCGACCAACUUACUUUGAGGACGAUGCCCAUGAGGAUGCGCAAGAAUACCUCAACCAUCUACUUGAUCAAUUGCAAGUGGAGUCCACUUCCAAGACUUCUCCUGCAUCUCCUUCGUACAUCGCAGAUACUUUCAUUGGGUGCCAAAGUCGUGUCUCCAAUUGUGCCACUUGCCGUUGGGAAAUUGACAAACGAGAAGAAACCUUCACAACUCUAAUGCUCUCUCUCGAGGUAAGCACUACACCUCUAAAUGGUGGUACUGUAUCCUUUCUUUCAACUUGUGAAUAG